CAUUAAUACGUCAAAAUCAGUUGUUUUUGCAGAGGUUGUAUUUAUUUUCAUCGCAAAAAGUGAAAAAUUUAACGAAAAUGAGCAAAGCCAAGGUUGCGUUGCGCGAUAUAUCGCCAAUAAUGCAGGCCAUAAGGAAUUUCCUUCUUGGUAGGAAACAUACGCUUGCUCUGCGUUUUGAGCCCCUUGUGUCAGCCAGGACCCAACCUCCGCCGCAAAUUCCUGAUGGAGUUUCACAUAAACAUUCUCACAACUAUUAUUAUACACGAGAUGCUCGUCGAGAAGUAACUCCACCACUUGAUGUCACUCAGCAAUUGCUUGAAGCUAGCUCUGACAAAGGGGAACCAAAGAAACUAGCCAAUGUACCUCGCACUCCAGGCAAAAUAUACCACUGGGACAAACACUAUGAAUAAACAAAUAAUAGAUUUAGACCAAAUUCUAGAAUGAAGUGUAAGUGAUGUUAAUUGUUUUAAGUUAAAUAAAAAUCAUGUUUAAAUAA